AUGGAAGAGGGUAAUAGCUCAUUAUCUCGAUCUCCUGCUGUUUAUGUUCCUCUCCUUCGAGCUAUCCUAGAAGAUAACUGGAAAGCUGCUGAAGAUUUUAUUAAGAAAAACCCAAACUGCCUUGUAGCCGCCAUAACAAAAGACAACGAUACAGCUCUUCAUUUUGCUGCAGCUCUAAAACGCACCCGCUUUGUAAAAAAUCUUGUGAGCAAGAUGGAACCGAAACAAUUAGAAUUGAAAGCCAACAACGGCAGGACCAUGGCCCUUUAUUUUGCCGCUCAAACAAAAAUCGUAAAAAUUGCAGAGGUGAUGGUGAAAAAGAACAAGAAACUGCCAUCGAUAUUUCCCAAGGCUUCCAUCAAAAAUUUACCACUUUACGCGGCAAUAGUGACUGGAAAUAGAGACAUGGUGUCGUAUUUAUAUUCUGUGACUCCUAUUGAAGACUUGGUUUCUUCGGAUCGCAUUAAGCUCCUUAAGGCUGCUAUUUCCACUGAUUUGUAUGAUACGGCACUCAAAAUUCUGAAUACAUUUGAAGAGAAGAAACUACAUUUUUGGUCUGAUCCAUUGAAAAUGUUGGCCAGAAAACCUUCGGAAAUUGGCAGCAAAAGUCAACCAUCGUUAUGGGAAAGAUGCUUAUACUCCUGUUAG